GUUUUGAGGCGAUCAAGUCUAGCGAGGUGCUCGUCAACGCGUUCGACAGAUACCGGCCGUUGUUUUUCCCACGGACUGGCACGCCACACCCAUCUGCUGUGAAUGCUGGCCUUGUUGUGGACAUUCGGGACACAACUGCAGAGCUGGCUCUGGGUGUCAAUGAGAACUACACACUGGACGCAAACAUCGACGGCACCGCUGUGAUCACUGCUGAGACCGUGUGGGGCGCUCUGCGCGGGCUCGAGACGCUGUCGCAGUUGAUUCGCUUCAACUUUACUACAGGGCAAUAUUCGAUAUCUGGCCUCCCUCUGCAUAUUGAAGAUGGCCCGCGAUUUCCGCAUCGAGGGCUUCUUAUCGACUCUGGACGCCACUUUGAGCCCAUAGCACAAGUCAAGUCCCUGCUGGAUUCCAUGCAGUAUGCCAAGCUGAACGUGCUUCACUGGCACCUCACAGAGGACCAGUCCUUCCCCAUCGCUAGCCGCUCCUUUCCGGAGCUGCCGCAGAAAGGCGCCUACAGCGACCAGGAGCAGUACACCUGGCGGGAGAUCAGUGACGUGGUGCAGUAUGCGCGAGAGCGCGGCAUCCGCGUCAUCCCUGAGUUCGACAUGCCCGGUCAUACCUCGGCCUGGAGGAACUCGCAUCCGGAACUUUUUGCCGAAGGAUGCCUCAGCGCGGAAUCUCGCGGCGCAUUUGACCCGGCGAACCCCGGCACUUUCGCAUUCCUGCUGGCCGCCCUCCAGGAUUGGACCACCGACAUGUUCACAGACGAUUUCCUCCACCUGGGAAGCGAUGAGGUUCCUUCGAACUGCUGGAACAACACGAAGGAUUUGGCGUGGAUGAAGAGCCAGGGCUUGGCAAACUUCUCGGAGGUCUUCGAUUACUUUGUGAAUCACAUGGUCUCCAUGGCCAAGAAGCUGGGGAAGCAAACGAUCCUCUGGGACGAAGCUUUCAUGUCGGCCAAGCCGCCGAAG